UUAGGACCAAUCCAAAAUAAAUCAUCAACUUAAUUUUCAACCACAAUGAAACUGGUCAUAAUAGGACGUAAACUAUGAUAUUAUUUAAACUAUCAAGCCUGAAGAAUGACAAUGCAUGUCGACUCAGCAACCACCCAACUGCAACUGCAACUCGAAUUAUUUCGUAUUGAAUUUCAUUAUUAUUUAUUAUUAUUAUUAUUCAACCACAAUACGUAUAAAAUUUUUUAUUUUUAUUUUUAUUUUUAUUUUAAAUUAUUUUUGCUCAUUGAAAUUGAAAUUGAUUGAUUCUAAAAAUCUGAUAUUUUAUAUUCACACAUCCUUCAUUCCUUCCUUCCUUCCCCCAACUACUAUCACCUUCAUAAAUAGUCAUUAAAAGAACCCUUGUGUUAUUCCUCCUUUGAAAAAUCUUAUCUUCGUUUUCUAUUUCCCAUUCUAUUUUCAAUUCAUUUCAUAUAGUCCAAUAACUUUAAUUUUCUUGGAAGAAAAUGCAAGUACAUUCCCAAGACGAUUUGUCCUUGUUGAGAAAUGGGAACAACGUCUAUCAAGAGACUACUCCUAGAGCUAGGUCAAGCUCUCCCAUAAAGAAUAGAAGGUCUAUGCCUCCCAAUGCUUUCGAUUUGAAAUUACCUACGGUACCUUAUACCAAUAAAAUAGAUGCUAAUCUAACUCAAGAACAAUUAAGGAUGCUAUCGAAAUCUCCCAUGUCAAAAAAACUUCAUAUUACUUCUUAUACUCCUUCUAGUAAAUAUGUUAUUCCUGUUCCAUUAACUCUUCAUUUGCCUCCCAAAUUAAGUCCCAAGAAUGUCGAAAACUUAAGAUCUGUUUCCCCUGAUGGAACUUCAAGACCAAGAUCAAAAUCUCCUCAAAAACAUAGAACUAGGUUGGUUUAUACUUCGACAGGAUAUCUGAAAAUGAAUUCUCUGUCGGAUGAAGAUGAAGACAAUGAUGCAUCAUAUACUGAAGAACAACUCAUUAAACGAAUUGCUUUACCUCGUCGUCCAUUAGUUAGACAAUCGCCUCCACCGGUGGUAACCAAUAAUACCAAAGUACUGAAAAUCGUUGCUAAAUCAAAUUAUAAUGCUCAUGAUGAAUUAAGUAUUAUAGAAGAAAUGUCAAACGCAGGUAGUUCAAGAGCAGCUAGCUUAAGUAGUGAGAAAACAUUACCACCAUUACCUCCUAGUAAGGUAGAUAAUAUUGUAUCAUCAACCACCCCAGUUCCACCACAAAUCAUUAAACCAUCUGUUUCAAACUUAACAAAAUCACCAGCAUAUACAAAUAUUAAAAUUAUACCUCAACCCAUUGCUCCUUCCCAACAACUCAAUUCAUCCCCCACUAGUAAAAGAAAACCUCCACCACCACUUAUACUUCAAAAACCAGUUGAAGCACCAUCUAUUGAAGUCAGUUGUAUUCCAAGAAUUCCAACUGAAGAAAAUCUUAGAAUAGCACAACGAUCAAAUGCCCCCGCCCCAAUUGAAUCAAAGGAAGUCCACUUGAAAAUCAAUAAGAGAAGUUUCAGUGAUGAAUCUCAAGUAUCAUCGGCCAGUUCAUUCAGUUCCGUAGGUGAUUUUAUGAAUUUUGCUCGUUUUUCAAGUCAAUUAAAAAGAAAUAGUGCUGCUUCUCCUACUCCUGAUAAGCGAUUGGAGAUAUAUCAUCAGAAACCAUCUAUACUGACUGUUAUGGAAGAUAAACGAAUAACAUCUGGUGCUAGUGAAGUAUCUGCUGCUAGUAAUGAUUCAUGGGAAUCGAUUCAAGAAUCAAUUGAUCUUUCUAUAAGUGAAUAUAGUAUUGCUUCUCUGAAAAGGAAAGAGAAGAAAGAACAAACGAAGGACAAGAGCAUCAUGGCAAGAUUACAAGCUGCCGAUGUAGAUGAUGAAGAAGAAGAGGAAGAAGAAACUGAAGAAGAAGGAACAGUUUCCGAAUCUAAUGAAAAUGAAGACACAGAUGAAGAUCAACUUGAUAACGAACCAUUAACCCCAAUUACACCAUUAAUAGAAAUCUCAAAGGAAGCUACCAAAGUAGUCCAAGAAAGUUUACAACCAACCAAUUCAACCCGUAUAAAUGAUAAAGAUAAUGGAGGAUUAGGAAGAAGAUUUAAUUUCCCUAAUAAUUUAUUGAAUGUAACCAACAGCCCUGAAGUUAAAAAUAGAGCAGGUAGUCUAAGAUCGGAGAAAUCAAAGUUUAGUUUCUAUUCAUCUAAUGGUCAAAUUGAAAUCCCUGAUUUUACUAAUCAAUCUGUAUCUGAUACAUUUUCUUCUAAAAAAUCAGUUGCUUCUACUACGUUCGAUGAAGUAUCGAAUGGUUCAUCAGCUCCAACUGAAUAUAACGCUUCCGAAACAGAACAUGCAUUAACUAAUUCCAAACCAAAUUAUAAUAAUCCAGGAUUUAAUAACUUUUAUGGAGAUGCAAGACUCUCAAAGAGUACACCUUGGAGUCUUAGUGAAAGUGGUCAUUCUGAUCAAUCAACUGGAAAUAGAUCAAGGACAGGUUCUCCAGUGAGACAUACCAGACAUAAAUCCAUGCAUAAUAUUGAUUUUAGUGAUUUGAUGGAAUCCCAAAGCAUGCAUUCUAAAUCACCAUCAGUUGAUAUGUUGAAUAAUCGUAUGGUUGCCCCUUCAAUGCCCAUGCCCGAAGCUUAUACACAACCUAAACCAACACAACCUCAACAAGAGGAAGAGGCUUUGGAAAUACAGAUUGAAGAACCUCCAAGUCAAGUGCGGUAUGCUAUUGAUUUCAAGGAUGCCACUUCCCAUGAAGAUUCUCAUUUCAAUGAUCUCAAUACUAGGAUCAGUUCUUAUAACUAUGAUGUUGAAUCAAUUUCGGGUGCUGUUAAAGCUUUACAAAUUGCUCAUAAGGAUCAACCUGUCAGACCUACAUCACCAUCUCCUAGUGUGAUAUCAGAUACUGAAAGUGUGGUUAUUGAUUUGACGGAUGAUCAAUAUGAUAUCUGUAUGAUAAACAGAAAUAAUUCAACCACUUCAUAUAGAUCAGUGACAGAGAAAACCAAAGAUGGAAAAGAAAUAGAGGUGGUUUUGGUUGAUGAUGAAGGUGAAGAUGAUGAAGAUUUAAUGAGUAUUUAUUCAAAGUAUAGAAAUAAUUCAUUUGUGUUUAGAAAGGCAUCCACUUCUUCAACCACAUCUUCAGUUGCAUCAAGAUCGAGUGGCACAUCGGAUUUCUCAUCUGCAUCUUUCGAUAGUAUAGCAUCAUCACAACAACUUAAAGUCAUGCCAUCUAGUCAUUUAAUUAAUAAACUCAGAAAAGACCAUAUAAGAGGUACAGUGGUUGAAGAUUUAAAUAAAAAGAGAGGACAAGGUAGUGUUUAUUCUAUCACAUCAAGCAAUAGUGCAAGUUACACAUCGAGAAGAAUUAAACCACCAGUCAGCAUAGCUAAGCAAACCUCCAUUCCACAUUUAAACCCACCAGUGCCAACAAAAGCAUCACCUCAAGUAACGUCAGUUCCUACAAUAAUCGUCACUGAAAGGGCCCAAAUUCCUAAAACGUAUUCAUUCACUCAAGGUCAAACAUUUUUAAACUAAAAAGGAAACUUAAAAUAUAAAAAAAAAUUCAUUCAUGCAUUAAUAUAAAAAAAGCAUUUCAAUUUUAGAAUUUCACUUAGCAUAUUUUCAUUUUUUAUUUAUUCGAUA